AUGGGACAGAAAGCAAAUCCUUGGAACGUGUUAGCAAGAUCGAAGAGCCGGCGCUUUGAGCAUCGCAUCGCGAUUGCUUUGAAACGUGUGAAGGUACACUCGCUUGGCUGCGAUCCGAUUUCACGGCGAGUUUGUGAGAAAGGUGUCAGCGAUGGGUGUAGAAACUGGGAAAUUUGGUUCACGUUUGCUAGGUAGACUAGCGUACUCUACUUUGUUACACCACAAUCAAGUAGUAAACGUGACACUGGCGCGUUCCCUAUUGUUGGGAAGGAAAGUUCUUGGUUUGACGCUAUUUGGCCUUCUGGCCACAUGCUGUUCCACCGUUCUCUAUCGGAAUACGCACAAUGAGCUGUCAAUUGCGCCGGUCGAUUGCAGCCACAGCGAUAUUAAUUCUACCGAGUGUGCAACGAAGAACGUGCGGGAUAUUGAAGGCAGAAGCAAUGAGGCAGUGUCGGUCAAAGAAGUUAGGAUGAUUAGGCUAGAAGAAUCGGGGAAUAAUGAUGUUGCUGUCGAAGAAGGACGGAGGAAGAAGAACAAAGGAUACGGGCAGAUGUUUCUGUACUUUUUAGGAGCGUCGAAACUGACUAUGCUUUAUGUAAUAGUCAAUGUUGUCGCUGCGAUUGCUGGGAAGGCUCUGAUUGUCGGUAAAGUUGCUCUAGCGAUUGCAACAGCCAUUGCAUUGAAAAAAGCCUUUGGCGCCGAAAGCUUCGCUGAAGCUCGUCGAAUCUUCGUUGGACAAGAUUGAUUCCUCGGUUGGUUCCGUAAUGGCCGUAAUUCCCGUGGAAACGAAGAGCAACAGGCACAAACCUCGCAAUCCGUGUUUCAUGAUGACGAUACAGGAGCGGGAGACCUCUUCGGGAAGACUCAGUUCAACAGUAUGGGUGGAGAGGAACUUGGCAGUUCUGUCGAAGAUGGCUUGAUCAAUGGCAGCUUCCUUGGCCUCCGUCUCGGCUGGCAGGAGGCCAAUACCAGAGCGAGCUUGCUGACGAUCAGAGCCUUGCCAGCUAGAAGAGCCAACGCUCCCAAGGCCAGUGGUACCAGUGUUCCACCGAUCAACAGGGGAAUAGCGAGCAAACCUCCUAUAUCUCCAAACACGUUGCUGUUCCCUGUGGACCUGGCAGUCUCCUCGUUGAUGGAAUUAGUCGUGGGAUUGGUCUCGGCCGACCUCGCCGAAGCCAAGGCCAACAGAAGGGCCAAGUACACGGAACAGUGCGUCAGGCGUUUCAUCUUGCAAAGAAUCUGA